AUGCAAACUUGCACCGGCAAACAAAUGGAGUACUACUGUUUCCUCCUGCUCUGGAUCUGCAGCCAGAAUAUAGGCUUUCAUGACUGCUUCAAUAUCGACACAAAGAACCACCGGAUCAUCAAGGGCCCGAAAAAAGCCCAGUUCGGAUACACUGUUCAGCAACACGUCGCUGGAGGAGAAACGUGGUUAUUAGUGGGAGCUCCGUAUGAAAUGAACGGCCCCUACCAGACAGGGGAUAUUUAUAAAUGUUCACUGAGCCGACGAACUAAUGGCAACGGCUGUUCCAAGCUCAACUUAGGAAGGAUAUCUCUGACCAACGUAUCAGAACGGAAGGACAAGAUGCGGUUGGGAAUGACGCUCACAUCGAACCCCAAAGACAACAGCUUUGUGGCCUGUGGGCCGCUAUGGUCCUACGAGUGCGGCAGCUCUUACUACAGCACUGGCAUAUGCUCCAGAGUCAACGCCAGCUUUAAGUUCUCCAGGACCAUCGCGCCUGCCUUUCAGAGAUGUGAGACCUAUAUGGACAUAGUGAUCGUUCUGGAUGGCUCAAACUCCAUCUACCCCUGGUAUGAAGUGCAGGCUUUUCUCAUCAACAUUCUUCAGAAGUUCUAUAUUGGACCAGGUCAAAUACAGGUCGGAGUUGUUCAGUAUGGCGAGAAGGUGGUGCACGAAUUCAAACUCAGCGACUACAAAUCGGUGGAGGAAGUGGUGAAAAGAGCGCGCAGCAUCAACCAACGAGGUGGGGAGGAGACCAACACGGCUCUGGGCAUCAACGUCGCGCGCUCACAAGCUUUCAAACAAGGAGGUCGACGCGGCGCCAAGAAGGUGAUGAUCGUGAUAACGGACGGAGAGUCACAUGACUCCCCUGAUCUCCAGCAGGCCAUCGAUGACAGUGAGAAGGAUGGCAUCACCCGUUAUGCCAUCGCUGUACUUGGCUACUACAACCGGCGUGGAAUCAACCCUGAGGCCUUCCUCAGUGAGAUCAAGCACAUCGCCAGCGACCCGGAUGACAAGCACUUCUUCAAUGUGACGGACGAGUCGGCGCUGAAGGACAUUGUGGACGCACUUGGAGAACGCAUCUUCAGUUUGGAAGGAACCAGUAAGAAUGGGACAGCGUUUGGCCUCCAGAUGUCUCAGGCUGGAUUUUCUGCACACAACGUCGAGGACGGGAUUCUGGUCGGUGCAGUCGGCGCCUACGAUUGGAACGGAGCCGUGCUGAAGGAAACCCGACAGGGGAAGGUGGUCCCUCCCAAGUCCUCCUACACACAGGAGUUCCCCGAGGAGCUCAAAAACCACGGCGCCUACUUGGGUUAUACCGUGACGUCUGUGGUGUCGGCCAAACACGGCCGUCUCCUCGUAGCGGGAGCUCCGCGAUUCAACCACACGGGCAAAGUCAUCAUCUUCACUCUGAAGAACUCGGGCAACCUCACCAUCCUGCACUCUCUCAAAGGCCAGCAGAUCGGCUCCUACUACGGCAGCGAGAUUGCGCCUCUGGAUAUCGAUGGCGACGGCAUAACCGACAACCUUCUGGUGGCAGCGCCCAUGUUCUUCAGUGGUGGCAUGGAGAAGGGGAAGGUCUAUAUCUACAGAUUGACAGAGCUGAAUCGCUUCAUCCUCGAGGGGUCGUUGGAAAUACACAACGGUGGCCAGAACGCUCGCUUUGGCUCAUCGCUCGCUCCCGUGCCAGAUCUGAACGGCGAUGGCUUCAAUGACCUGGUGGUGGGAGCCCCGCUGGAAGACGACCACAAGGGAGCCAUUUAUGUUUUCUUCAGCCAGCACAACAGAAUACUACGUAAAUACAAACAGAGGAUAGCAGCAGCAGAUCUGGCUCCCGGCCUGCUGUACUUCGGCCGCAGUAUUCAUGGCACAAUGGACAUGAACAACGAUGGUUUAGUGGACCUGGCAGUCGGAUCCCUCGGUGCUGCUAUUCUCCUUUGGUCACGGAGCGUCGUCCGGAUAUACACCACCGUCCGGUUUGAGCCCAGUAAGAUCAACAUCUUUGUGAAGGACUGUCAGAGAGGUGGCAAAGACGUGACCUGCAUGUCGGCCAUUGUCUGUUUCAACAUCACUGGCAGGACCGCCGUUCCUCCCACACAGGAAAUUGGGAUCAAAUAUAAUGUCUCUAUCGUGGAGAGACGUUUCAAUCCUCGGGCCGUACUGGACAACCCACACAAGCUGCAGCCUCAAAACCUGACCAUCUUCCCCGGGGAAGAGACCUGCGAACACAUCUACUUCCACGUCAUGGAGACCACAGACUACGCACGGCCCAUCGUGUUUUCUGCACAAGUGGGGCUCCAAGAUCCAUCCCAAGGACCCGUCCUAGACGACAGCUGGCCGACUGUGGUGAGGACUGAGCUGCCCUUCUGGAACGGCUGCGACGAGGACGAUCGCUGCAUCCCGGACCUGGCUCUGCAGAGCAUGACCGACCUGAUGACUCGAAGUCACUUCUGUGCGCAGCCGGUGCAGUCUCGUGGGGCUUUCUGCCACCACGCCAGUGAAGGGGGGAGCGACGGGUCUCUGCGGGUUCUGGAGGGCAACAGGAGGAGGAUGGUGGUGGACGUCCAACUGGAGAACAAAGGAGAGAACGCCUACAACGCUCGCCUGAAUAUCACCUACACACCCAAUUUACACUUCUCCAGCCUCAUCGUCAAGGACAACUCUGAUAUCAAAAUUGAGUGUUUCGUUGAGGACAGACUGAGGAAUGAGAAGAUGUGCAACGUCAGUGCUCCGUUCAUGAGGGCCAAAAUGCAGGUAUCAUUUCGUCUGGAGUUUGAGUUCAGCCGUACGGUCUUCCUCGAGCACGUCAGGGUUCUCCUGGAGGCCAGAAGCGAUGGCGAGGAGAUGAGCACAGCUGAUAAUUUCAACGACAUCUAUUAUUCACUGAAAUACGAGGGAGACCUUCUCUUCACCAGGGAUUCAAAUCCGACCCGAUACGAUAUCAAAUCGGAGCUGUCACUGGAGGAGCCCGGAGUCAUCGGUCCUCCUUUCAACUUCACUUUCCAGAUCCAGAACCUCGGCUACUUUCCCGUCAAGGAUCUGCAGCUGAACAUUGAUAUCCCUGAAAUGACGAAGAAUGGGAACCAACUCCUGCAGAUAUCUGACUUAUAUAUUGACCAGAGGGAAGGAUCACGCUGUUUACCACCUCAGCACGUGGCGCAGAGCAGGGCGUCACCCGAGGACCUUUCCCGCUUCUCCCGCUUGAACCGGUCCAACACUCUCACUCUGCCCAUCCGAUGCACCGUCAACGUGGCCUCCUACAGAGAAACUGCAGUUCGAAUCUCAGGAGCGCUCCGAAUAGACACCUUACAUGCACUGAAGUUUAAAAUCCUGGAACUGGGAACCAGUGCAUCCGUAGAGCUUCCCUCCUCCAGUCCCAUGUUUUUACACGAAGAGAGGCCUGUCAGACAUAUAAUAUUGGAGAUCAGGAAAGAGGGCGAUUACAGAAUCUCGAACUGGAUUAUCAUUGGUAGCACGCUGGGAGGACUCUUAUUGUUAGCCCUGCUCAGUCUCGCUCUAUGGAAGAUGGGCUUCUUCCGGAGACAGAAGCGGAGGGACGAGGACGAGCAGGAGCCCAACGGGAAAGUGGCCGGAGAACGGUAACGCAGGCCGUGGGCCCCCCCCAUCUCCCACCCCCCCGCCAGCAGGCUACCACCUUUCAACAGGGGACCCGACCACUCAGGGACAAACCCACCUACCCCCUACACCACCACCACCACCCCGACACCACAGUGGGCCCUGCAUCGACGGCUCCCGCGUGACCGCUGAAAACAAGGCUUCUUCAGUGCACCGGAUCUGUCCCCAUGCCACGACCCCUGACCUCCAACCCCCCCGCCCCCUCAGAGUCAGCACUGUCACACUCACUUAGCGUCCCUGCACUGUUGCGACACGAGGGCCUUCUUCGUCCGUGUAUUCACCGCCUGCCGUGUCGCACCUCCACAGAUCUUUGAGCUCUCGUUUUUUCUUAGCUUUUGAUUUAUUAUUCCUCCGUCCGUUUUAAAAAGGGGGGAAUAGAGCGAGCUUUUGUAUGAUCUGUCCCAAGAGUUCCCGAAAACCACAAUGUGCCCUCGAGGCAAGCGCGUUAGCCAAUCACUCUUUUAUCUCUUCCUGAUGUGUAUUUAUUUAACUCUUAUGGUAAAAAUUCUGAAACACGUGAAAAACCUCAGGGGUGAUUUGCCCACCCGAAAAAGCGUCCACAAAUGUAAAGUUACUAUACUGUAUAUUGAAUUCGAUGUUUGAAAGAUUUUUAUCCGCAACAUGUUCAGCUCACUUGCGUAAUAAUUUAUGAGAAGGCAAAACUGAACUAACGUCGCCAGAGUACGAAGAAGAUUCAUAGUAUUUAACUUGGAGACGGUUCUCGAUCUUUUUUUUUUUUAUCCUCCAGCGAAGAAUCUUCUUAAACCUGCAUCCGCUGUUAAGAGUUCACUUCUUUGAAUAUUUUCAUCCUGGAAAACAUUAAACAUUUGAUGCACUUUUGUACAAAGUUAACUUGAAUUUUGUAAAUAGUCAAGUACCUUUUUAUACCCUUUCAAGUAUUAUGGUGGUUUUUGAAGUAUUUUCCACAUGGUUUAUGGCAUUACUUUAUAAGCCGCGAGGCUUUGUGUCACUGACCCGGUUUAUGAGACGUUGCAUGCCUUUUUAACAUGCACUGCAUCAGAGCAAAAGGAUGUACAGAAAGAUGUCAGCGAUUAUCACGAGGAACUGGAACUCGAUCACGAUCCGAUGCCGUGAAGACGAGUCCAGUCAAAGAACAAUGAUCACGGUAUGUCAGCACCCUCCUGGUGUCAGCACCCUCCUGGUGUCAGCACCCUCCUGGUGGUACCGACGAAUGUCAGUUUGUCCUGUUUGAUGACGUGUGAAGAAGCUGUAACAUUCCUACAAAUAAAACAGCGUAUAUGUCUUCGUACUGAA